GGUACUGUGCAAUAGAAUUUUAUAAUUUACUCACUUUCCUUUUAAUAUUUUCCGUGCAUGUUGAAAUGUUGAAUGUCGCGUAAACGCGGGUAUCUAGUUUAAAUUAAGUAUAGGGCCUGAGCAAUAUGGGAAAAGCCAUUCGUUCCAAGGCCCCGAGCAAGCUGCAAGUGGUUGGGCCAUUCUUGUUGCUGUCGAAGAUCCUGAAGGAGUCUAGGCAUAUUAUAUAAUUACUUUCCUUCGGAACUGCCCGAUAACCACAUGCGGCGAAGCAUCUCUCUAAUAAUCGUGUUAUAAUAAUAUGCAUUCCAAUGGCUGGAAAGGCCAAAGGUGGAGUGGAGUGAUCGAGGUGGUUUUGUGGCGUCAUCAACCUGCAUGAUGGAACUAGGAAGAGGGGAAAUAAAAAAGGAGAAAAGAGAAAAGAGAAAACAACACAAAAAAUGGGAGAACAUGGGGGAAUUUACCAUGAGGAUGAGGAACACAAACCUGCAACAGGCCGGGAUUGUGAAUCGUAUUUGAUGUAACACGACAACAUUGGUUUACCUCCAACCUCAACUCCAACUCUCAGUCCGUCAAUCCCCAAUCCCACGCUGCACUUAAAGCUACGAUGGACCCGAUCAGCUACUUGAUUGUAGGCGCCGGGUGUUUCGGUGCUUCCACUGCCCUUGCGCUCAAGAAAGCGAAACCGAACGCAAUUGUCACAUUGGUCGACCGCACCCCUUUUCCUUGCCCCUCUGCUGCAGCUCACGACUUGAACAAAAUCAUCCGAGCCGAAUAUGAAGAUCCUAUGUACAUGCGUCUCGCUCUGGAGGCGCAGGAGCAGUGGCGCACCGACUCUGUGCUGAAAUCAUACUUCCAUAAGACGGGUAUCCUGUUUAUUGGCAUUGAGGCCCCUGGCAAAGCUGUCGUGAAUUCCUACGAGCAGGUGCUUGGCAAAGGUAACUCUCCUGCAGUUCUCUUGGAUCCGGAGGAUGCCAAAGCUCGAUUUGGCGGAAUCUUUCGUGACGGCGAUUGGACCGGAGUUACCAAGUGUACUUGGAAUCCCCUGGCAGGGUGGGGUGAUGCUGCAAAUGCCCUGGGCGCUGUCAUCCAGUCCGCGGUUGAUAUUGGGGUCAAAUACAUCCAAGCGACUGCUACGAAAGUCCAGUUUGACUCGAGCGGCAACUGUUCUGGAAUUAGCACCCUGGAGGGCUCCCAGCUGUCUUCUGAUAAGGUCCUUCUCUGCACCGGAGCUUACACCCCCUGGCUCCUGGCUGAAAGCGCCCCAGAUCGUCCAGAGAUUCAAGUCGGUGAUCGAAUGGUGGCGGCUGCCUCCAUUAUGUGUGCUUUUAAUCUCCCCGAGGAUCAAGUAGAGAAAUUUAGCGAUUGUCCCAUUGUCGUGCACCCAAUGGGUGAAUAUCCAGCCGAAUGCAUUCCACAAAGUGGGCCAGGCUUCGUCAAAUGCACAAACGAGCGGAGUUUCACCCAUAAAGUUCUCCACGAAGCCUCCAAGCAGGACAUUUCCGUACCACCCUCCCGUGUCACGCAGCAAACAUGGUCGCAAGACGUACCUCAAGGACUGAAGGAUGAGGUCAAAGCAGUGCGGGAUAAACUCUUUGGUAGUUGGAUAAAUAAUAUGGAACCCAAGGAUUAUCGGAUGUGCUGGGAUGCCAUCACCCCAAAUCAGGACUGGAUCAUUUCACCACAUCCCCAUGUUCAGAACUUGUAUAUUGUAGCCGGCGGAUCUUUCCAUGCGUGGAAGUUCUUGCCUAACAUUGGCAAGUAUGUGGUCCAGAUGAUCGAUGACCAGCUGGGAGACGAAUUCGCAAAACGAUGGGCGUGGGAUAGACGCGAUGAGGGCGGAAACUGCUCCAAUUAUAUACCUACAAGAGACUUGAAGGACGUGUUGGGAUAUUCGAACGAUCAAAAGUCGGGGGAUUGCUGACUAGCAUCAUGCAUGUAAUUGGCUAUAUUAACUAGGUCAGCCUUUUUUGUCCAAGCAGAGGAAAUGCUUUCCAUGCCUCCCCUUCUUAAUGUAGCAUCGUAUUUAAAGGGGAGUCAACCCAAAUAUCGCCUCUCAUGAAUUCGGGCUCUAGUUCUCAAAAAACGCCUUUGAUCCCAUUUUCCUUAAAAUAAUUCAAAAUGUGUGCUUCAAAAUCCUUGAGCCCGCAACAGCCCUCGUGGAAUUUGAGAUUCGCUUCCCUCUGUAGAUGUAGAAUGUUGGUUAUAAGACAUACAUUUGUUCGUCCCAGUAUCAUAUUCAGUGUGUAAAUUUCGUCAUUUAGUUUUAUUUCCAAAAACGCCUUGCAGGAGUUCUCUGUUACAGCGUAAACGUGUGGUAACAUGUAUAGUAACUACAUAGCUGGCCUUGGAAUAUUUAAAAAAGGAGGCUGAAUAACAACACCAGCUUUAAAAAUUGGACGACACAACAACGCUCUGUGGUCUUUGCUAGCAUCACAAGCGCAUAUCAAAUUCACAAGACUCAAGGAUGCAAAACAAUCUCAUAAUUAAAAAGAAAACUAAUUUAAGAACGAUACCAAGUCAAUAACUAUCGGAAACCCACUACCAAACAAUAUCCGUUUGCACUGUCUCAUCUUCUACCUCGACAGUACUUUGGUUACAAACAGCAUGAUCAACAAAAGAAUAUCAAACAAACGAGACAAGAUACUGGUCUGGAAAGAUAUCAUUAGUUUUGAACACAAAAUUUUUGACAGUCGAGAGAAAUAUUACAGUACUCACAAAAUUCACCCAGAGGAGAUGCCCACCAACCCUUUAGCAUCAUCCCACUCUUCUCAAACUGCAGCUUCAUGAUGUCAGGCCCAUAUUUCCAAGACUCAAAAAACUCGAUAACCUCGCCUUUACCGACGUGUAGGCCGAGAGCUGGACAAUCCACAUCCCUAGUCGCAAGGAGACUAAAUUUGUGAUGUGGAGGGUCGUCCCUAAUAACUCCGUUCAACACCCAAUCUUCCGUCCUGUACCAAGGCUCCCCAAGAAGCUCGUUGGACUCCCUGAAUCCAUUGCGGAUGAAGCUCUCCCAGACACCACCUUUGUCGUGGUACAUCCUUUCCAGCUCCUCGCGCCCUCCUCGCGCAUCCAUCCCAAUUAGCAUCAGAUCUUCAGGUCCCAGGACCUCUCGCCACGGUUGCAUACGUUCCACGGCGAGAUCGAAAGUGUCGUUUCCAAACAUGGAACCCAUUGAAAGGAUGCAUUUUGGCGUAUUCACCGAUCGAAGCCACUGGCGCCCAUCUUCAAAGGUGCCCCAGAGCCCGUAGCAUUGAACGUGCUGGUAUUUAUUGGCUAGAUGCGACAUGCUCCCCUCCAAUGCAUCUCGACUGAUGUCAAGGGCAAAGUACGAAACGGAGAUCUUGAGCGACUCUAACUGUUGCAAGAGGCAAGCAGGCUUCCGGAUGUCUCUGUCGCUCAGAUUAAUUGGUGUUCUGUUCUGUCCCUUGACAACGGGAUACUAUGGAGAGGUUAUAUGAUGGCCAAGUACGUACCCAGAACCCAUGUCUACAAUGGUACACCCCGGAGGUAUCUCUCUGCAGAUGGAAGCGCCGUGGUGCUCCAAGAGACUGAUCUCGUCUCGAGUUUGGUGGUAAUCGGCGAGCCAGCAGACCUGGUUCCAGAGCUGGAGCCCCAAUCCGAAGUAGAAAAGCUCCGUGGGAAAGGAACGUAUCGAUUCUCCGUCACUCGAAAUAAACUCUUCUUUCAGCUUCAACUUGAGACUGUCCCCGAGUCCGCUGCCCCCGAUGUCGAGAACAUCUCCUAAUUUCAAGGAAGACUGCAUGUUUGAAAAGAUCUUUAAUGGAAAUGAGUGGAGAUCUUGUCUUGGUUGUAUAUCGCAAAGAUGAAGAAUUUGUCCCAAUAUAAUUAUAUCCUCAAUGAUAUUGUCUGUCCAUAGGAACCAAAACCCAUUACCCCAGAGGCGGCGGGGACGAAGGCUUUAUAUGCUCUGAGAAACGGCGCCCGAAGGGCUCCAUCCGCAAUUCAAAACCUCAGCCAUCUCAGUAAAAGAUCGCGCUCUGCUCAUACAGGGCUUGUUUACCCAAUACUUCCAAUCUCGGAUCCCUCAGAUCAGGGCGAGUUGCAGCAACAUCACAACCACAAGAUAUUUGAGCGUCUGUCAAACUAAGCCUCAACUAGGGAAGGCUGGCCAAUUAAGCCCUGACUUUGCUCUUAGUCUUGUCUUCUCCUCCCUUUCCUGGAGAGGACAGAAGAGAUGAUAAGUUUAGGAAGGGCAGAUUUUUGCCUCGUUGAGGCUUUAUGUUUUCUCCUUCCUCGUUCUGUCCAAGUUGGGAGUAUGGUCCAGUAUUACGCCCAAAGGGGCUCACGAACGGGUGUCACCUAAGUAUUUCCAGAUUCGGCUGCCCUGUGAACCUAUUCAGUGUCAGAAUUUCUUUUUGAAGUUUAGCAGCAGGGGGGUGCUAUGCUGUAUGCUACUUGGUGUCCCAUGUUGGGCUGUGCGGAAUAUCGACUUGAGGUUUGGAUGCCCUACGGGGAACAUAAUAUCGGGAAAUAUCUGAUACUCCCCUUGCUAGAACAAUUGAGAGACUCAUAAAACUACAGAUCGUUGGAAACACAUGAGCUCUGUGAAUAUCUGGUCUUCAAUAUUAAGCCUAAUAUCUACGUGUGUACUUCUCUUCACAAUUUAUUGCAUUACAAUAUGAUGACGAUCCUCCAGCAUAUAAUCCUAGGUCAAACUCACCCACCCUACCUUCUCGAGAAGAUACGUUACCAUAUCCUCCCACCACGCCCUCCUCUCUCCAAUAGCGAUAGUAUUAUCAAAAUUUUCUUCGUCCACAAGUUCUGUGUCCAUCCACUUCCACAAUGCCUGGACAGCUUCCCAGACUGGUGGUACGCUCUGUAAACUGUAGUCAGUAAUCGAUCCUGUCAGAUAUAGGGACAUGAUGGGCAAUGUCCAAGGUGUAAUAUAACUCCUGAGAGAAGAGAAAAUGUCAAAGUGACAAAACGGCAAAACGGCGGCAGGAGUACGAAAUAUGAAAUAUAGUUUGAUGGAAACCCACCGAUCGACAGCUGGCAGCUAAAAGAACCGUCUCGAACCAAUUUCUUGCUACAUCUCGGUCAUCUUGCUGGUAUGAAACUAGUGACAUGAUAAAAAUGCAGAAGAACGGAGCCUGGGAGGUGAAGAGUACCCCGUUGUAGGGCAUUCGCUGCACACAUGUCAUAAGAAUCUUCAGUGCCGCGCGAACAUCAGGGUGGCAACGCGGUUUCCUGCGUUCUGUCAGUCUUCCUAUUUUAACUCGAA